AUGGAUCAUAAUCAUUCAAGUAAUUUAUUUCGAUUUGCAUCAAUUCAAUUACCUAAAUCAGCCAAAUUACGAUCAUUUGGAAUAUAUUUAUCGGGGGCAUUAUUUGCCAUUGGGUUUUGGUCACUUGUUGAUGCAUCAAUAUAUCUGAAAACUAUUAAUGCUAGUGAUGUUCACGUUAAUUUUAUUGAUUGGAUUCCAUUUUUAGCUUCUUCUAUGGGGAUGUUAAUUGUUAAUUCUAUUGAAAAAUCAAAUUUAAUGAUAAAUCCAAAUAAUCAGACUGAUUUUACUGGAAGUGGAGGUGGUCAUGCUUGGGCAGCCAGAAUAAUUUUGUUUAUGGGAUUUAGUUUAUUGGCUGGUGGAUUAGCUGGAAGUUUUAUGGUUUUCAUAUUGAAAUAUUUAAUGAAUCAUUAUACUUUCCCCACAUUAGGUAUGGGAGUUGCUAAUAUUGUAUGUAAUGGAUGUGUUAUGUUGAGUUGUAUUUUCUUAUGGUUGAGUCAAAAUAUUGAAGAUGAAUAUAGUUAUAGUUUAGCUUUGUAA